GAACCCUGCCAACACAUAGCCGUUGCGCUUGCAAUCCCCUCUGUGUUUUUCAACAAAAUGGCUGAUUUAGGGGAUGAUACCGGAGCGAGAGCCUUACUCGCCCUCAAAUCUGCGCCUUGUAGCCCGGUGGCCGUGUCUAUCCCGCCCGUGUACACGCUCUCCUCCUCGACUUCGCCCGGGAUCACAUCAUCCAUGCCCCUCUCCUCUCCGUCGCAGGCCCUCGCCCGCCUGGAAGGCAGGGACUUCGAGUUCGUUAUGCGCCAGCGGACGGUCACCGUGGGCCGGAAUUCCUCGCACGGCUCCGUGGAUGUCAACAUGGGCCACUCGAGCUUCAUUUCCAGGCGACAUCUGCAAAUCGCCUUCGAGGAGCCGCAUUUCUACCUGCGCUGCCUCGGCAAGAACGGUGUGUUCGUCGACGGCGUUUUCCAGAGGAGAGGCGCACCCCCGCUUGCCCUGCCGAGGGAGUGCACAUUUCGAUUUCCCAGUACGGUGAUCAAGAUUCAGUUUACCUCGCUCUACCAUAAAGAGACACAAAAGGAGGAGGCUCCUGUAUCCCCUGUGAGACCUCUUUACCCUCAAAUCUCUCCGCUGAAAAUCACCAUUCCCGACAACGACUUCAAAACUAUGAUGAGUCCCCUGCCUUCACCGACAGGAACUAUUAGUGUUCCCAAUUCCUGCCCAGCAAGUCCUCGAGGAGCAGGUUCCUCGGGUUACCGAUACGGCCGCAACAUCACCUCAGAUCUCCAGCUGGCAGCGGAAUAUGCAGCCAAAGCUGUAUCAGAACAGCGCACUGAAGCCACGGGAGGAGAUAGUCCUAAAGAUGAGUCCAAACCCCCAUAUUCAUACGCUCAGCUGAUAGUCCAGGCCAUCUCGUCUGCACAGGACAGACAGCUAACACUAAGUGGCAUUUACGCUCACAUCACCAAGCAUUAUCCUUACUACAGGACGGCCGACAAGGGCUGGCAGAACUCAAUCAGACACAACCUGUCUCUGAACCGCUACUUUAUUAAAGUGCCGCGCUCGCAAGAAGAGCCUGGCAAAGGUUCAUUCUGGCGUGUGGACCCGUCAUCUGAGGCCAAGUUGGUGGAGCAGGCCUUUAGAAAGCGCCGUCAGAGAGGAGUGUCCUGUUUCCGCACCCCCUUCGGCCCCCUGUCCUCCAGGAGCGCUCCAGCUUCUCCCACUCACUCCGGCCUCCUCUCUCCACACUCGAGUGGCCUUCAGACCCCUGAGUGUCUCUCCCGGGAAGGAUCCCCAGUGUCUCAUGAGCAUGACUUUGGUUCUAAGCUUGCCUCUGUGCCUGAGUACCGAUACUCCCAGAGUGCACCAGGCUCUCCAGUGAGCGCUCAGCCAGUAAUCAUGGCUGUACCAUCUCAGUCCUCAGCCGCGAUAUCCAAACCUGUGGCUUACAUGCCCUCCAUCAUCAGCUCCUCCCAGGCCUCUGGUCAGGCCAUCCAUGUGGUGCAGCAGGCGCCAGCUGUCACCAUGGUCCGUGUAGUGACCACCUCAACCAGCUCCCCUAAUGGCUACAUUCUGGCCAACACCUCCUCCUCAGGCCCUGGAGACCUACAUGGAGAUCCAAGAGGUGCAUUAGAUGAGAUGCCAUUGGUUGGCAGCCGAGUGAUUCAGGCUGUAGGGAGUCACAUAGCCUCAGCCAAUAGGGGGCAGCAGAGCUACACUGUUGUCCAGCAGAGCGCCAUUCACCAUCUCCCCGUGCAGACCAUUGCUCAGAAUGGCAAACAUGCUCUUCCUGUCACCAGCAUACCAACCAGUGCUUAUGCUCUGACCAACCCUCUCCAGAUCCUGGCUGCCCAGGCCUCAACAUCCCCACCCGUGCUGGUCAACAGACCCUCCAGCAUGGAAACUGACGAGUCCAGCAUCGACGAGCCCGAGCCCAAGCGGCCCAAAAAGGAGGAGGACUGUGUGGCUCCGGUCCCUCAGCCUGUUAUUGUUGCAAUGAACCAGGAAGCCAGCGAAUGAAAGCGUGAGUGAGCCAAUGAGCGGAUGACGGAUCUUAACAGCACAUCUCACAAUAUCCUCAAACAUAUUGAGGGCAAUGUGUUGGGCUUUCUUUAAAAACCUGAACUUCAACGUUUUGUAAACGCCCCACACGGGCACCUGAUCGAAUGUCUUUGUAAGAAGAGCUUGUUUCAUGGGAUAGAUUCAUCAAGCUACAUCUGGCAGCAUUAAAUUCAGUGCUCACACUGUUUUAAUUUUGUAGGGGUUUUUAAAUCUUGUAAGAAUGUUUGAAAGAAGAGGUACAUGUGCUUAAAGACACCAGCUAGGCAUGUGAACUUGUGUUUUCCUCACAAGUUACAGCUGAGAGAGCGAAAGACGGAGAGAGUUCAUUCGGGAUGGGGUGGGACCAAUACCUAUGCAGCUAUUAAAGUCCGAGACCACGAGUCUCUCUGAAUUGAAGCAGUAUAAUAAAAA